GCCCGCGAGCGGCGACUGCCGGAAGGGGCAGGCGGUUGACUAGUUUCCUGGCGACGCGCCUGUGCUAGUGGCUUUUCCCCACGACUUGUACUUUCUCUUCCUGACCACUGGGGUGCUGGCCAUGCCGUCUCUGCUCUCAACCCCCAAGCUGGUUCCCGUUAUAGGAAGGCUCCGCGGCCUCUCAGGAUGCGUGUCAUGUUUACAACGAAGGUACUCCCUCCAGCCUGUGCCAGUAAAGAAGAUUCCAAACCGGUACUUAGGCCAGCCCAGCCCAGUUACACAUCCACACCUCCUCAAACCAGGGGAGGUGACACCAGGGCUAUCUCAGGUGGAAUAUGCACUUCGAAGACACAAACUUAUGACUCUGGUCCACAAAGAAGCACAAGGGCACAGUGGAACAGAGCACACAGUGGUGGUACUCUCUAACCCUACAUACUACAUGAGCAAUGACAUCCCUUACACAUUCCAUCAAGACAACAACUUCCUGUAUCUCUGUGGAUUCCAAGAGCCUGAUAGCAUUCUGGUCCUUCAGAGCUUCUCUGGGAAGCAGUUACCAUCCCAUAAGGCCAUGCUUUUUGUGCCUCGGAGAGAUCCUGGUCGAGAAUUGUGGGAUGGCCCUCGAUCUGGCACAGAUGGAGCAAUAGCCUUAACUGGAGUGGAUGAAGCCUACCCGCUGGAAGAAUUUCAACACCUGCUACCAAAACUGAGAGCUGAGACGAACAUGGUUUGGUAUGACUGGAUGAAGCCUUCUCAUGCACAACUUCACUCUGACUACAUGCAGCCUCUAACUGAAGCCAAAGCCAGGAGCAAGAACAAGGUUCGGAGUGUCCAGCAUCUGAUACAGCGCCUACGACUAGUUAAGUCUCCUGCAGAGAUUAAGAGAAUGCAAGUUGCUGGGAAGCUGACAUCAGAGGCUUUUCUAGAGACCAUGUUUGCCAGUAAAGCUCCAAUAGAUGAAGCCUUUCUUUACGCGAAGUUUGAAUUUGAGUGCCGUGCCCGAGGUGCCGACAUCUUAGCCUACCCACCUGUGGUUGCAGGAGGUAAUCGUUCCAACACUUUGCACUAUGUGAAGAAUAAUCAGCUCAUCAAGGAUGGUGAAAUGGUGCUUCUUGAUGGAGGUUGUGAAUCUUCCUGCUAUGUGAGUGACAUCACUCGGACAUGGCCCGUCAAUGGCAGAUUCACCGCACCUCAGGCGGAGCUCUAUGAAGCUGUUCUAGAAAUCCAAAAAGCUUGUUUGACACUGUGCUCCCCUGGGAUGAGCUUGGAGAAUAUGUACAGCACGAUGCUGACACUGAUGGGACAGAAGCUCAAGGACCUGGGCAUCACAAAGACCAGCAAGGAAAGCGUCUUCAAGGCUGCUCGAAAAUACUGCCCUCAUCAUGUUGGCCAUUACCUCGGGAUGGAUGUUCAUGACACUCCAGACAUGCCUCGUUCACUCCCUCUGCAGCCUGGUAUGGUGAUCACAGUUGAACCAGGCAUUUAUAUUCCAGAGGAUGACAAAGAUGCCCCAGAGAAGUUUCGAGGUCUCGGAGUUCGGAUUGAGGAUGAUGUAGUGGUGACUCAGGACUUACCUCUUAUCCUUUCUGCAGAUUGUCCCAAAGAGAUGAAUGACAUUGAACAGAUCUGCAGCAGGACCUCUUGACCAGCACUGUAGCACACAUGCACCCAGGUCCAAGGCUGGAUCCCUGCCUAUGCAAGUAGUGAGUGUCUCUGCGGGGAUAGAUACAGCUUCCAUGGGAACUGCAUAGCCAAAUGAGCAAGGACGUUUUCAUGUUAAAUAGAUGGAAAUGUGGACUCUAGAAUAAUCUGUUAUUAGGACUUUAGUGACAUUAAUUCUGAGAAGUUAAUGAUCCAGAAACUGUAACAUGUGAAUGUAAGGUUAUGUGUGCCCUGAAUCCCAGCUAACACAUUUCAACAGGAAACUCUCUGCAUCCAUUUCCGCACUUCUCCUGAGAUCCACCUAACAUCCUAAGAUGCUUGUGUGAGGCCCACAUGUUUAACUUCUCACCAAAAUUUUGGUCUAUGAUAAAAGCUACCAGUUAGUGUUUAAGGUGGCCAGUACUUACUUGCCAUGGCCUCUGCAUCCUGGUCCAAGUUCUCCACACCCACUGGGAUCUCUCAGGCCUCAGGGAACACAAGUGACUUGCUGUGUUUCCUUCCAGCCAGAAUAUAGCAACACACCCAGCCAACAAGAAUCUUAGAUCUUUCUUGCCAUUUGCUUGCACAGGACCUGGAAAGUGUCUAGGUUCUUCUAGGGAAGAAAAUGAAAGAGAAAGAAAUGUAUCUAUGUUUCUCCACAGAUCCAGACCUUGAGCUCUUGGGGGGUUUUUGUUUGUUUGUUUGUUUUGGUUUUUGUUUUUUGUUUUUUUUAAUUUAAAGGAGAUUUUUUUUUAAAUGUCCACCUUUGUCGCUACCUAUUCCGACCUGCAGAAAGGAGCAACACAACACGGGAUUCUUCCCAAUGCAGUUUACUCAGGAACCUUUUUACAAUAUCUCUCUGGAAGCCCCAGAUCCCAGUUCCACUUCCCCUUUUAUCCCCAUGCCUGGUCACUCAGAGCCUGCCAUGUGGGCACACACCAUUGGCACACGUCAAAUGGCCUGAUUUUGCGUGGCAGUGAGUCUGUGCAGUAGUUCUGCAGACGUGGCUCUGACCAGGGUGUGUGAGGAAGUCAGGCGCCAUUCAUAAAAUUUGGCAGGUGCCAUUCAUAAGCUUUGGCAGGUGCCUCAGGCGCCAUUUUAGCUGGCCGCCACACCCAUUCCCCACAAUUCCCCCUAAUUUAUUAGUUUUGGCAGAGAGAGUGCCUGUCCUAGGUUGCCUUUUUUUUUUUUUUUUUGAGACAGGGAGGUUGCCCCUUUCAAGCAACGCUCCUUACCCAUCAUGGGGAGUCAAACAGCUUUGGUUUGGUCCCUGUCUUAGGUUGGUAACGUGCCCAAGGAGUCUUACCCGUCAUUGAUUAUUUAGCAGGAGUCUUACCCGUCAUUGAUUAUUUAGCAUGCCAAGCCACACUUGAGGAGACUGUCCCAUCUCCACUGCUGCAAACGCUUGUUUUCUGUUGGGCUUUCAUCUGACACAUGCACCAAAAGGCAAGGCAACUGAUGAGGAUCAGGCACAUAGCAACCUCCCCAAUUCCUACCCACACCUUGAUGUGGGACAUUGCUUGGUCCAGAGGCCAAUGAAGCAUCCACUCUGGUCAAAUUGAUGUGGACGAUAGACUGCCUCAGUUCUCUCAUCAGUCCAUCAAAUUCCCCAGACCAGUUUCCUGUGAGAUAUCGAGAAAGACUCUGGGAGAGGUUACUGGCAUAGCUUGCAUUAUGAAACGGAAUAGAUGUAACACACAGUCCUGUGUAUUUCCAUUGGCAACUCAACUGGGCCAAUUCCAUCCUGAACAAGAUCAACUCUCUGAUUAUGCAAUAAAAGGCCCGCCUUAAAGUCAUUGUAGAAGGGGCCUCUACUGGCCAAGGAAUAUAGCAAGGCAAUCAGAGCAAAAGGAAAUAAAGAGGCAGCCGGGCAGUGAUGGCGCACGCCUUUAAUCCCAGCACUUGGGAGGCAGAGGCAGGCAGAUCUCUGAGUUCGAGGCCAGCCUGGUCUACAGAGUGAGUUCCAGGACAGCCAAGGCUACACAGAGAAACCCUAUCUCG